CAUUCGGCGAAACGUCAACGUAAAUAAGCCAUUGUCAAAAAAUUAUGUUUUUAUCACGUCACGAUAAAUCAAUUAACAUGUUAGCUAUGAAGAAGCCAGUUUACUAAAUUUCUAACCCUAAUUAAGACUUACAUUCCAUAAAAUUUGAUACAUUCGAAUGUUAUUCAAUGACGUGCCCUGUAUAGAUAAAAAAUCAUUAGAUUAGUUUAGCCACAGGUCUUAUUAAAAAUGAGAAUUAAUCAGACUUCAAAGUAUGAUAAAUUUUCAAAAAAUAAAAAAGACUUAUCUUCUGAGAACUUAAGUGAUUCAGAUCCUAAUACAGAAAUGUGGCUUAGCACAAGCGAAUCAUCCCAAUUAAGCUGUUCCGAGGUAGCUGCUAGACUGAGGGUUGACGUUAGAAAUGGUCUACAAUGGAGUGAAGCUGAUCUGAGGUCUCAGUUAAUUGGAUUAAAUGAACUCACUGUUAAAGAUGAAGAACCACCAUGGAAGAAGUAUAUAGAACAAUUCAGAAAUCCCUUAAUCAUGUUACUCUUAGGGUCUGCAUUUGUCAGUAUUUGCAUGAAACAAUUUGAUGAUGCUGUUAGCAUCACUGUUGCCAUCAUCAUUGUUGUUACAGUUGCCUUUGUGCAGGAAUAUCGAUCUGAAAAAUCUUUGCAAGAGUUAACAAAACUUGUGCCGCCUACAUGCCACUGUUUAAGAGAGGGACGAUUAGAUACAUUUUUGGCGAGUAAAUUAGUUCCAGGAGAUAUAAUUCAUCUCAAUGUAGGAGAUCGAGUACCAGCUGAUGUCAGGUUGUUUGAUGCAAUAGAUUUAUGCAUAGAUGAAUCAAGUUUUACAGGAGAAACUGAGCCAUCAAAUAAGGUUACAGAACCAAUCAUAAAAACAAAUGGUCAUACCAGCAUGAAAAAUAUUGCUUUUAUGGGUACUCUUGUGCGCUGUGGAAAUGGAAAAGGUAUUGUAGUUAGCACCGGAGAGAAAAGUGAAUUUGGAGAAGUUUUCAGAAUGAUGCAAGCUGAAGAAGCUCCAAAAACACCUCUUCAAAAAAGCAUGGAUAGUUUGGGCGCUCAGUUGUCAUUCUAUUCAUUUUGCAUUAUUGGUGUAAUAAUGCUCCUUGGAUGGAUUCAAGGAAAACCAAUAGUUGAAAUGUUUACCAUCGGCGUGAGUUUGGCAGUAGCUGCUAUUCCUGAAGGUUUACCUAUAGUUGUAACUGUAACUUUAGCUUUAGGAGUUAUGCGAAUGGCUAAAAGGAAAGCUAUAGUGAAAAAGUUGCCAACUGUGGAAACACUUGGCUGUGUCAAUGUUAUAUGCUCUGACAAAACUGGAACCAUAACGAAGAAUGAAAUGACUGUGACUAUUAUUUUUACUGCUGAUGGCCAUAUUGCUGAUGUUACUGGAGCUGGUUAUAAUGACAAUGGGGAAAUUGUGUUGCGUAAAUGUGAUAAUAUGGAAAAAGGACGACAAGCAAUUCAUGAAUUACUUGAGGCAGGUUGUGUUUGCAAUAAUGCUAUACUGAAGGAGGAUGUGCUUUUGGGACAACCCACAGAGGGUGCAAUAUUAGCUGCCGCAAUGAAGAAUGGCAUGUAUGCAGUCAGUGAUAGCUAUAUACGCAUCCAGGAAUAUCCUUUCAGUUCAGAACAAAAAAUAAUGGCAGUUCGAGUGGUUCAAAAGUACAGUGACAACAAACAAGAAUUAUUUUUUGUGAAAGGUGCGCUAGAGAAAAUUUUACCACAAUGCACUAAGUUUGCAUCUCCAGGAAGUAUAAUUCAAUUAUCUAAACAAAAGGAGCAAGAAAUACUCGGCGAGGCAUUUGAAAUUGGGCGAAAGGGUUUACGCGUUAUAGCUUUUGCUCGGGGCACUUCACUUCAAGAUCUCGUGUACUUAGGACUUGUUGGAAUUUGUGAUCCACCUCGCCCCUAUGUUCGGGAAAGUAUUGCUAUGCUAGUCCAAUCUGGGGUUCAUGUAAAAAUGGUAACAGGGGAUGCACAUGAAACUGCUGUUGCUAUAGCAUCUUUGAUUGGAUUGGACACAGUACACAUGCAGGCUCUCUCUGGCGAACAAAUAGACUCUCUUAGUGAAAAACAACUUGAACAGACUAUAGAUUCAGUAUGCGUUUUUUACAGAGUAACACCAAAACACAAAUUGGCAAUUGUCAAGGCUUUGCAAAAAUCUGGACAAAUAGUAGGAAUGACUGGUGAUGGUGUAAAUGACGGCGUCGCGUUGAAACGUGCAGACAUAGGAAUUGCAAUGGGCAAAAAUGGUACAGAUGUCUGUAAGGAGGCUGCUGAUAUGAUUUUGGUUGAUGAUGAUUUUCAUACAAUACUCUCUGCAAUUGAGGAAGGAAAAGGAAUUUUCUACAACAUUAGAAAUUUUGUUCGUUUUCAACUUAGUACUUCAAUUGCUGCAUUAUCAUUGAUUGCUCUUGCUACUCUUAUUGGAAUCCCUAAUCCAUUGAAUGCUAUGCAAAUUUUAUGGAUAAAUAUAAUUAUGGAUGGUCCCCCAGCACAGAGUUUAGGUGUUGAACCAGUUGAUAAAGAUAUCCUGAAAAGAAAACCUAGAAAUGUAUCUGAACCUAUGAUUACAAGAAAUCUCAUUAUUAAUGUUUUAAUGUCUGCAUCUAUUAUUAUAAUUGGAACACUAUGGGUUUUUCAGAGAGAAAUGAGCUCAGAUGGAAUUACGCCACGAGAUACCACAAUGACAUUCACUUGCUUUGUAUUUUUUGAUAUGUUCAAUGCUUUGAGCUGCCGUUCCCAAACUAAAAGUAUUUUCAAAGUAGGAUUCUUCACAAAUAAGGUGUUUUUACUUGCUGUUUCUUUAUCAGUUCUUGGACAGAUGCUUGUAAUAUAUUUUCCACCAUUGCAAAUGGUUUUCCAGACUGAAGCUCUCACGUUCAUGGAUCUUGUCUUUCUGAUCUGCUUGACUUCAUCGGUGUUCAUAAUAUCAGAGAUUAAAAAACUCUGCGAACGACAAAUGUCGCGCAGGGGAGGCGACUACAAACCCAAGUCUGCUAUGGACUACGUAUGACCCGCGGGUCUGUCCAGGAGGGGCAAAUUUCGUAAAGAUUAAAGUAUUAAUGAAAUUUAUUGAUCAUAUCUCUAUUACAUGAAACCUGUUUGGAAUGAAGACAAGUCACUUGAGGUAGGGUCCAAACAUAUAUUUGUGAUCAUAUGAUGUUUAUUGAUACUUAUUCAUUCAAAAUUAAUUGUAGUCAAUAGUGAGGGGUGGCUGGGCGGAAUUUUAUAGUAUAUAUUUCGGAAAUCAUUUUGUACUGACUAAGAAAGUCAAGAAUAAGUUUUAAUUUGUUAUCAAGGAUAUUAAAUAUUUACAUUUUUUUUUAAAUGCGAAAAAGUCAUGACGGGCAUGCAUUCUUGAGUUUUGUUCAAUAUAAUAUAAUUUAAAAUAUAUUAAUGUUUCUCGUAUUUACCAUAUUUCAUUCAUAUAUUGCUAAAAUA